UGAUGCAAAGAGACUUGACUCCAUAAGAUGUGUUACCUUUGAUAGUAGAAUACUUGAAAUCUAUUGGAUUAAAGAAAUCUGCAAAGUAAAUUGAUUCUUUAUAUGAACAUGAUGAAACUCCAAUGGCCAAUAAGGAUUUAUAAAAAAUAAUAAAAUAUUAUGUUGAAGGACAUUCGUAAUUAAUAAUUAUAUAUUGCUUAGUAAACUUGCUGCAAAAUUUGUUGCUGAGGCUGAAAAUGAUGAAUAAGAGGAACAAGAAGAGGAAACUGAAUAAUAAAAAUAAGAGGAGAAGAAUAACAAAUAAGUAACAAAAGUAUUGUCAGAUAAAAGAACAUUUACUUAAAUGAAUAGUAAUAUGACAUAUUAAUUUUAAGAAAUACCAAUAAAUGAGGAAGUUGUAGAUCAAAAGGAAAAGAAGAGAUUUUUCCAAAAAUGUGAUGAAGCAGUAUUUGAUAAAUUGCCUGAUCAUUUGAGAGAUAAUACUUUUGAAGCCAAAAAGAAAUUUGGAGAAGGUGAUUAAUAUGGUGAGUUUGGAAAUGAUAAAUUGAAAUUUACAAGGGGGGAUAAUUUCAAGAAGGAGAAAGGAAAAUUAAAGAAUAGAUAAUUUUAAGGUAUGGGUAGCAUAAAUUUGAAUUCAAUAAACUCAAUUAAAUUAUGAA